ACAAAGGCACAGGAAAUGAUAUCCCAGCAAAGCGUCGGAAAAGCUCCGCCCCUCGCCACAGACAGCGUACACAGCCACGGUAUAAAGCCGUCCAACGCAGCUCUGCCAGGAGAUUGGGCGGCUUGGUGGAUGAAAUUGUCGCGCUUGCUUCGUCGGAUCCGCGGCGUUGGCGCUUGCCGUGUGCGUCAUUUCCGGGCCGCGCGGAACCGAGAGGUCAACGGCCUGCAGAGCAACAUGCCCAAGUUUUAUUGUGACUACUGCGAUACAUACCUCACCCAUGACUCUCCAUCUGUAAGAAAGACACACUGCAGUGGUAGGAAACACAAAGAGAAUGUGAAAGACUACUAUCAGAAAUGGAUGGAAGAGCAGGCGCAGAGCCUGAUUGACAAAACAACGGCUGCAUUUCAACAGGGAAAGAUACCUCCUACUCCAUUUUCUGCUCCUCCUCCUGCAGGGGCGAUGAUCCCACCUCCCCCCAGUCUCCCGGGCCCUCCUCGCCCUGGUAUGAUGCCAGCACCCCAUAUGGGGGGCCCUCCCAUGAUGCCAAUGAUGGGCCCUCCUCCUCCUGGGAUGAUGCCAGUGGGACCUGCUCCUGGAAUGAGGCCGCCCAUGGGAGGUCACAUGCCAAUGAUGCCUGGACCCCCAAUGAUGAGACCUCCUGCCCGUCCCAUGAUGGUACCCACUCGGCCAGGAAUGACCCGACCAGACAGAUAAGGAUAGAGGGAACCCUCUUUGAAUUAGUUUUUUAUUACCUGUUCUACUUCACCAGGAGAUACGGUGCUGUGACUCUGGGUGUUUUCUAACAGCAUGACAAGGAAGACUUGCUCCCCCUUCCUAUCAAAGAGAGCGUAGUUUUGGAGGGGAGUAGUGGGACAAAAAAAAGUAAUUUUCAUUUGUAUUGUGGAAAACAGAAAUAAAGUUGUCAGCUCUUACAGUUAAAAA